UGUCCUGUAGUAUUGCUCUCACACACUGCAUACCUAGCAGCCGUGUGAGGAGAAUUCCUUUCUUUCAACACGUUCAUUAGAUUUCAUUUUUUGAAAGGGACUUGGAGAAAGGAGUGAUUUCUCUCAGGUCUCAGGCUGUAGUUGGUAUUUAAACGUACCGUCUCAGGAUAUAGGCAGCAGCACACAAACACUGUGUUUUGAGAUGAGGUUGUGGAUUUUAAUCGGCCUCGACAUCAUCACAAAGGUGCACGGCUUUUCAAAUGGUAACUUCCCACAGUCAUGUGAUUCACUAUCACCUCAGCAUCUGCAGCCUGAUGGGAGCCCUUUCCUCGCUAAGACCACUGCACCCCCCUUUAUGGUGGAACAUGAACAGAACAGCAGAUCUGGAGAUCCCAUUACAGUUGUCCUCAGUAGCACAUCCACAAGAUUUCGAGGAUUUAUGUUGGAGGCUCGAGACGCAGGCAGCGGCUCACGGGUUGGAAAAUUCCUCCUGCUUGAUUCUGACAAUACCCGACUCCUGACGUGCAGCGGUUUAGCAGACUCAGCUGUUAGCCAACGCAACAAUCGAGAGAAGGAUUUGGUCCGAGUGAACUGGACCGCACCAGAAAUAGAUCAAGAUGUCAUCUUCAGAGCCACGUUUGUUCAGUCUUUCACAGAUUUCUGGGAGAAUGUGACUUCGACUUUCCGUUUACCCACAACCACUGCAGUACCAACCACUGCAGUACCAACCACUGCAGUACCAACCACUCCAGUACCAACCACUGCAGUACCAACCACUCCAGUACCAACCACUCCAGUACCAACCACUGCAGUACCAACCACUGCAGUACCAACCACUCCAGUACCAACCACUCCAGUACCAACCACUGCAGUACCAACCGCUCCAGUACCAACCACUGCAGCACCAACCACUCCAGUACCAACCACUCCAGUACCAACCGCUCCAGUACCAACCGCUCCAGUANUUAGAAUAGAAUAG